UGCAUUUUAAUUAAAAUGGCAUCUAUAACUCACACUCUGUCCCACACUCUUGCUCUAAUUCUUACAGUUCAGGAAUGCACCACAGACUCGGAGGAGCUGAUGUACCAUCAGGUGCGCGCCUCAUCCUCAUGCAGUGCGCCGCCUGAUUUGUUGCUGGUCAGCGAACGUGACAAUAAUAUACAACUUCGAUCGCCUGUGGUUAAUAUAAUCACCACGCCCCCGGGCAAUGCAUCAAACGUCGCCGUCGCAGUGAAGCAGCAUCAGCAGCAGCAGCAGCAGCAGCCACUCCUGCAGCAUCAACAGCAUCAGCAGCAGCAACAUCAUCAUCAUGUGACCCGGCAGCAGCAGGAGAUGAGCAGCAGUGGCAGCCAUAGCAAACACUUGCGCAUCAGCAGCGCCAAUGGCAAGCAUAACAAGUAUGUAAAUAUGCCACAACAGCUGGAGGAGGAUGUGGUCGAUGCAGCCGCAGCAGCAGCAGCAGCAGCAGCAAUGCCCCUGCCACAUGCAACACAUCCGCAAUAUUCGCGACAUUUGCAUCAUCACAGCAAGGAGGAGCGCAUACGCUUGGAGGAAUUCACCUGCGACGUAUCCGUGGAGGGUGGUAAAUCGUCGCAGCCACUGCAAUUUUCAUUCACAUUCUACGAUCUGGAUGGGCAUCAUGGCAAAAUAACAAAGGACGACAUUGUGGGCAUUGUGUAUACCAUAUACGAGUCCAUUGGCAAGUCCGUGGUGGUGCCGCACUGUGGCAGCAAGACAAUUAACGUGCGCCUCACCGUCAGUCCGGAAGGCAAAUCGAAAACGCAGGCAGCUGCCGCAGCCGCCGCCGCCGCCGCUGCUGCGGCCUCCACAUGCCACAACAACAACAAUAGCAACACGAACAACAACAACAGCAGCAGCAGCAGCAAACUGAAGAAGCUGCCCACGGGUCUGGCGGCCAUGUCGAAAACAGCGGCAGGAGUGGCAGGAGCGAAUGGCGUGGCACUAACGACAUCCGGCGGCGCACGCCGCCAGCAUCGUCAUCGACCACGCAAACUGAUUAAGUCCGAUGACGAGGACGAUGACAGCAAUAGCGACAAGGAGAAGGAGCUGGCGGCAGCUGCGCUCGAGCAGCACCAGCCCAGUGGCAGUGGCAGCGGCAAGCCGUCAAAGUCCAGAUACCAGAGGAACAAUACUAAAUUGGAGCCAUGCUGCAGCGGACAGGCACAGUCGCAGUCACAGUCACAGUCGCAGUCGCAGUCCCAGUCUCUGUCGCAGUCGCAGUCGCAGUCGGAGCAGCACACGCCGGACAAUGCGCACAGCAAUACCUGCGAGAAUAUGCUGAAUCUCAAAUGCUGCAGCAUUGCCAACAAGGAAGCAGCCGUCGAUGUCCUCGACCACUGUCCACAGCGGGCACAGCGACAUCAGCACCACAGCAACAGCAACAGCCACCACAGCCAUAGCCACAGUCAGGAUGUCUACAUGAAGCAGGCCACACAGCGCGUCAAAAUGUUGCGAAAAGCGCGAAAACAAAAGUAUCAGGAUCACUGCCUUGAAACGCGUCAGCGCAGCCUCUCCGUGGGCAACGACACCUGCUGGCAGAAUCGCCAUCUGCAGCCGCAGUCGCAGUCGCAGUCGCAGUCGCAGCAGCCGCAGCAGCAAGUGAGCGGCCAGGCACAGAAGAGCGGCUCUUCGUCGCCGCCGUUGGGCGAGGUGAUGCUCGAUGGUGUGCAAUUGCGUCAGCCACGCCCUCAGUCGCUGCUCGCCCAACAGCAGCGCAAGUCGGCCGAGUGCUGGAAAUCGGCGCUAAAUCGCAACGAUUUGAUUAGCAUCAUCAGGGAGAGCAUGGAAAAGAAUCGCUUGUGUUUUCAGCUAAAUGGAAAACCCCAAGCCAAUGUGAGUCCCAUACGGCAACCGGCAGCACAACAACAACAACAACAACAGCAACAGCAACGCCAACGCUGCAAUACCGGAUCGAAAAUCCCGACACUAAUUGCGAACCACAGUCCGCAGUCCGGUCCAUCGCCGCUCAGCUGCAGUCCGCCCACACAGUCGCCGGUGCCGCAUCAUAUAGAGGGCGGGCACGAUACGGCCAACAGCAGUGUCUAUCAUCCGCAGCCGCAUAUACCCAUCUACCAUCAGCAGCUGGCCAUUAAUCCGGCCGUGGUGGCGGCGCAGCACAGUCACAACAGCGCCCACAACAAGCUGAAUCUGUGUGGCUACGAUUCGUUUCUGCAUGCCACCAUUUGUGGCGGCGGCGCCGCCCACUCGCCACCAGCCACGCCCAGCAAUGUGGCCACCGUGCAGCCCAUACCGAAGAAGAGCAGCAGCAAACAGCAGCAACAUCAGCAGCAGCAGCAACAGCAGCAGCAGCAGCAGCGCAGCAGCAAGGAUUACAAAAACUAUGGCAAUCUAAUCUAUGCUAAGCUCAGCGAGCAGCUGCAGCAAAAGGAGCGCGAGCAGCGACGCCAGCAGCGACAUAAACAGCAACAGCAACAGCAGCAGCAACUGCAGCUGCAUUCAAAGUCAGCAGCCAUAAGAGAAACGACACGUCCCAUGGCCACCUCCAGCUCCAGUUCGGCUGGCUCCAAGAUCUAUGGCGAUGCGCUCGAAUGUGCCCAUUUGCUGGCCAGCGAGGAGGAGGAGCCCGCCAGUCCCAUGCUGACGAGCACGCCCAGCAAGGUGGUCUCCACGGACACGCUGAUCGACCUGAACGACGAGGUGGGCGAGGCGGUGGCCGAGGCUGUCACGGCCAAGGAUCUGGAGGAGCCGUCCGCGCAGCUGGCGGCAGAUGUUGAUCUGGACACGAGUGCGUCCAGCUCCAUGAUACAUCGCUAUGUGCACGAGCACAUCCAUCAUCACUAUCAUCACUUCAAGGAACAGAACGAUAUCUAAUCCAAUGUUGCUUAACUCGCCGCGAUUUUUUUUAAAUUUCCCUUUUUUUUUCGUUUAAUUUUUAAUGUAGCGCAAUUUGUAAUUUAUUGAUAUUAUUUGUACGAUGAAGUUACAUUAUAUAUAACGUAUAUAUAGUAUAUCUAGUUAUAGCUAUAUAGACAGAAAACUGAAUCUGAAUUCCGAGUCCUUGAAUGUAGAAUUCUCUCGCUCUCUCCCUCUAUUUCUCUCUAGCUAAAGUUUAAGAUAUUUGCGCCUUUGCCUUAGCAGCAGCAUUUAGUAGCCAUCGAUUGCUUCGCUUAUGCACACACAGCCUAGCAACAUAUCAUUGCUGUACUAUAAACAACAACAACAACAAUAACAA